AUGACUAGAUGUUAUUAUGAUGGAAAUGGUUACCGAUAUUGCCAUACCGCGUGGAACGACUGGGUACGAUGGGUCGUUCUGGCAGUAAUCAUCAUCGGUUUCUUCCUCCUCUUCGUCCUAUGCUCUUGCUUCACGGCUCGUCGUCGACGUCGCGCCGGCCAAAAUCCCUUCUAUGGCACCGGAUGGGCUGCGAGACCAGGACAAUACAACCAACACGCUCAGCCGUACUACAAUAACCAGUACAGUCAGCCAGCCCCGCCAUACUCCGCUCAGCCUCCGCAGAACUCAUACUACGGAGCAAACCAAGCCUACUACGGUCAGCAGCCCUACGGUCAGCAACAGGCUGGCGUCGAACUCCAGCCUCCUCAACUUGUUCAUCCUCGCGGUGGCGACGACGUCUAUGCUCCCCCAUCUGGUCCUCCCCCAGGCAAG